AGAAGAAGACGGGAGCCAUUCCGUACUGUGAUUGGACGCGAGUAUCAGGUGGUUUGUUUCGUCAUACCAGGCAGAAUGACAUGUUUAUUUUUGCUAACAUUUCAGGGAUCUUAAUGCAAAGUGGACUCAAACAUUGGCCGUACAGCUAUGGCCUCCUACUUUGAUGAACACAACUGUGAGCCCACCAACCCAGAGGAACAGUAUCGUCAGAAUGCACUACUUGAAUUGGCCAGGUCUUUGAUGCAGGGCUUGGACUUAAUUGACUCGGCGGCGUUCGACUUGUCCGACUGGGACCAGCGUCUUCCUCCUCCAGCUGCCAAAACUGCUGUGCAGACCCUUACUGUUGUCAUCAUUUCUCCAGAGCAAGCUGAUACAUGUCUCAAGUGUCCUGUGUGUUUGCUGGAGUUUGAGGAACAAGAGACAGUUCGAGAAAUGCCUUGCAAACAUCUUUUCCACUCGGGAUGUAUACUGCCCUGGUUGGGCAAGACCAACUCCUGUCCGCUGUGCCGGCUUGAAUUGCCAACUGACAAUCCAGAGUAUGAGGACUUUAAAAAAGACAAGGAGAGAAGAAAACAGAGGGAGCACAGGCUGGAAGACCUACAUGGAAGCAUGUACACAUGACCUAACUGUGCUGUGGUGCACGUGUGUGGCAGUGACAUUUUAUAGAAAAUUAUAAGAAAAGUUAAAGUUUCAGGAAAUGCAUAAUGCUGCAUUCAUGCCAUUUCGUGCCAAAUGUAAUUUCAAGCAUGCAGAUGGGGAAAAAAAUCAUGUCGUCCUCAUAUCUGUAGUUGAGUCAGAAAUAUAAAUUACAUUUUUACUAUCUACCAUUGGGCAAAAAGAACAACAGAACUACAAGCAGCAAAGCCACCGUCACUGACAGAUUUAUCUAAACAGUAGAUACGAUUAAAAAUAUGUAACACAAUUCUAAAAAAACAAAAACAAAUUUGCUUUGACCGCUAGGCUAGCAAUUGGGGUAACCAUCUUAGACAAAAGUGUGACCGCUCCUGUUCGGGUAACUGACAAUAUUCCUGCUCUUUCCAUUCAUUUGACAUGGCAUGAAUGCAGCUUAGCAACACGAUUAUUGAACAUGUUCAUAUUUCAGUUGGAUAAAUGUUGUUUUCUAUGUAGUUAGGAUGAAAGUAUUUUAAAACAAGUAUGCGGCCCUGAAGCAUUUCUGUUUUUAUUCCCUUUUGAUUUAAAUAUAUAAGCUUUUAUCACGCAAAAAAAAAUUCUGUUCAACUGAAUCUGUCAAAUUAAUAUGAUUUAUUUAAAUGCAGGAAUAUAUUUCACUGACUCUUUUUGUUUUUCAACAAAAAUAAUGUAUACAAUUUGAGAGAAUUACAUUUUGAAAGUGCACUCCAGCAAUCCAAUAUGAAUAGUAUACAUGUAUAUUCUGCAUUUAAUGUCAGACCAUCCCGGUCAGGUAAAUCCCCACAACUUACAAGCGCCAUGUCACACAGGCUUUCAGUAAAUGUGUUGUCUUCAAGCCACGGUACAAACUGAACACACUCUUCUCGAGCCACAGAAGAUAUUAUACAACUAUUUUCCCUGGCUGAGUCAACUGAUCUUUUUUGUGUCAAAUUGUUUGGUUCCCCUUUAACUUGUCCCGUGAAGUUUGAGGAGGCAACUCCUCUCUUCUGGCCAAGAUAGAGGAACAAUUAUUAACAAAACCAGUUUGGUCCGGAUUGGUUUCGAUGCUUCUACAUUACAUGUAGAUUUAUACCAUUUCUAUAUGACAGCAAUAAUCUGGGAAACACCCAUGUUUUCUAUUUGUGCAUGUGGUAACACACUAUAUUUAACCUGUCACAACCUGGCUCCUAGGCUAUGACAAAUACGGUGAAGACACAACAGCUGAUUGUAACGUAAAGUGUUUAUUUAAACUUAAUAAAGAAAUAGUUAACGUUA